GCGGCGGCUGUAAGCGGAGCGCGGACCGGCAGGCAGGGACACUUGCUGCAGAGACAAGAGGCAGAGACAGUGGACACCGCUCCGGACAAACAACACAGAUCACUUUCACUCGACCCACAACAUCCGCUUCAAUAUGGCCUCAAAGUGCCCCAAGUGUGACAAGACGGUGUAUUUCGCUGAAAAGGUGUCAUCACUGGGAAAGGACUGGCACAAGUUGUGUCUUAAGUGUGACCGAUGCAACAAGCUCCUGAAUGCUGGAGGCCACGCUGAGCACGAUGGACGGCCCUACUGCCACAAACCGUGCUACGCUGCCCUCUUUGGGCCAAAAGGUGUGAAUAUCGGUGGAGCCGGCUCUUAUGUGUAUGACACUCCAGCCAACAACAACCCAUCUCCCACUACUGUGGAUUCGGCCCCCAAAGCUGAAGAGAAGCGAGUGUUCGCCCCCAAGCCAGCAUCAAAAGCUGGCAGCAUCACCACCUUUUCUGGCGAGGCCAAUCUGUGUCCCCGGUGCAACAAGAAGGUGUAUUUUGCUGAGAAGGUGACGUCACUGGGGAAAGACUGGCAUCGACCCUGUCUGCGCUGUGAGAGGUGCAGCAAGACUCUGGCUCCUGGCAGCCACGCAGAGCAUGACGGCCAGCCCUACUGCCACAAACCAUGCUAUGCUGUUCUCUUCGGGCCCAAAGGCGUGAACACUGGUGGUGUUGGCAGCUACAUCUAUGACAAGGAGCCCAGUGCAGUGACCCAGCCUUGAACCUUUUCUCCCCUCAGCUUCAACCCUCUUCUCUACACAACACUGACCAUCAACCACAGUAUUAUUUGUAGCCUUAUUUCUCCUUUUUCCACCUGUGCGUUCAUACCUGAGACAACCAGAUCCUUUUCUCCUUUUCUCUGAUCCACUCCCAGCUCAUUUAGCACCAUGAGGAAUAUAAAUAAUUGCCUAGACGUGUUUAUAUGUGUAUUUGCUCCAGGAGAGCCAAGUCCAGCAUUCCCACAGAAUAAUACGACCAUUUUUGCACAUUUAUAUGAGAACACAUUAAAUGUCACCAUAGUCUAAAGUAUGAAGGUCUUAUAUUUCUAUUAUGUACCCUGGAACCAGUGUGAUUAAGGAUGUCUGUUUUUGAGAUGUGGAGAGUGAUUCUCAGGUGUGUAAAAGUGCAUUGUGGGUCGUGUUGACAGCCAGAGGAAUGUGACCUCGGAGGCUGCUGCACGCACAGGUGGUGCUCAGGAGCACGUUGCCAAUAAAUCUGUAUUUUACAUUUGCCAUAUUUGCAUUUUGGCUGCCUGACAACAUUCCUUAGGUAAAAAAAAAAAUAAAAAAUUAGUUUUGAAAAAGUCCCGACAUUGUAAAAAGAUGGGAAAGUGGAUCUCUCAGGCGACUGUUACAAGAUUUUCACAUCCAUGAGGCUGUAUUAAGUCAAUAUAAGUUUAUUCUACUUUUGAGCAUAUGUUAAUUACUUGUUUAAUGUCAAAAUCUGGAUUGUGCUAAUAAAUAAUGUCUAUUUUUAAAAAAAAGCUAGAAUGUGGGUGAAGUUUUGCAAAGGGAGGGCUAUGAUUAGAAACAUGUAUUUAUUGCUUGAAAUCACGUCCUUUAAAUUUAAUUAGCCGUUGUACUACUACCCUUUUAUGGGACUGAUCAUGAAGGAGGUCAAACUGACGAAAAAAGGCGAUGUAAGCUGUAUAAAUCUCUAUGAUCAAGAUUUUUUAUUGUUAAUUUCAAAUAAAUAACCCUGCUGUUAUUUUCCAAGAGAUGACGCGCUAUUUGAAGUAUUUUUUUUUUUGCCAUUAGCAGAAACAGUAGCUUAGCUCGUAGAAACACUACAGACAAGUCAUUCUGUCAGAAUGUGCAUCCUUAGUAUUACUGUACGACUGUUACUGUGUUUGUUUGAUACCUGUUGUACAUCGUAGGGCUUCAUAGACACUGCAGGGCUCACUUGUUUGUAGAACUGAAAGGCUGCACUUUAGCCCCGCUGCAUUCGUCUUUUUAAUCCCUCAAAUAAAUAUUUCAGAAACUC